AUGGCCCUCGCUCACCUAUGUAAACAAUGGGAGCAAGCCCAGCGCAACACAGACGACGACCUGCGCGUCACAGCGUUCGUUGUAGACCACAAGGCCAGAGAAGAGAGCUCGCGGGAAGCUCGGAUGGUGGCUCAAUAUCUCCAGGACAUCGGUAGCAGCUUACCCUCCCUUAUCAAAAACAGGUCAGAAGAACUAACAGCUGCAGGGGUCACAUCGCAAAUCCUGGAGCUAUCAUGGCCGCCAGACACGCCCACCACAGCGUUCGAAACACAUGCGCGCCGUUUGCGCUUCCAAGCCCUCGGCAAAGCAUGCAGAGAUCACCAGAUCGAAGCCCUACUUAUGGGCCAUCACCAAGACGACAACGUCGAGACCACCCUGUGGCGCCUAUGCACAGGAGCCCGAGGCGGCGGCCUCGCCGGCAUCCCGUCCAUGACGCGCAUCCCCGAAUGCCACGGCCUCUACGGGGUGUCUGAGAGCGGAGCCCACACCACCCUCCAGCUAAAGCGAAUGCGCGCGCUCAGCUUCCACGUCUCUCCCACGAACGAGCUCCACGUCCUCCCUGACGACACCACUAAUGCAAUCGACGGCGACAUCCCUGCAACCCCCGUCCUCAUGUCGACGGGCGGCAUCCUGGUCUGCCGCCCGCUCCUGGACUUCCCCAAGGCCCGCCUGCUGGCUACCUGUCAUGAAAACAACAUCCCCUACGUCUCCGACCCGACAAACUUCGAUCCAACCCUCACCCCCCGCAACGCGAUCCGCAGCCUCAUCUCCUCCCGCAAACUGCCCCGCGCCCUGCAAGCCCCGUCUAUCCUCGCCCUCAUCCGCUCCAGCCAGUCCCUCCUGCAGCACUCGACCACCGCGUCCAACCAGCUCCUCCAAACAUGCGAAGCCCUCGACACGAACCUCCCCGCUGGCACAAUCGCCAUCCGGUUCCCUUCCGCGGAACUGUCCACCCGCGCAACAGAACCGCUCCCACCGCAUCGCACCCACCAAAUCCAGACCCUAACCCUCCGCCGCAUCACAGAGCUCAUCUCCCCUUUCCCGGAGAACCAUUUCCCGCUCCGCAGCUUUGAGAAGUUCACACACAACGUCUUUCCUGCUCAACCCGCAGACGACAACUCAUCACCGACAUCGUCACCCAAACGCCACGCCUUCACCCUCGGCGGCGUCCUGUUCCAGCCCCUGCAUUGGCCUGCUCAGACUUCGUCUUCGGUUGAUGACGGCUCGACGUGGUUCCUAUCCCGCCAGCCGUACAUGCGCAAUCGACUACCCCUUCUCCAAUGUGAGGUGUCGAUUCCCAAAAGACCAUCGGAUGCGACGUCCCAACGAUCAGAACCGGAGUACACGCCGUGGACGCUCUGGGAUAACAGAUACUGGUUCCGGUUCGUCGCAACGCCCAACAAUGCGGUUGGUCCCUCCGACACUCCUGGGGUGGAGUCUGAUUCCAACACACCCGCGAAGAUCUCCGUGGUCAUCCGUCCGUUCCAGCAAUCCGAUCUACAGGCUGUGCGGCGAGCUGUGCGGGAGAAUCAGGUGCGGGCGGCCGUCUGGCGCGUGCUGCGCCCGGUCAGGUUCGGUUUACCCUUCCACUAUUGGAGGUCACCGAGACGGACUGCUCUGGGGUUGAGCGUCGGGUGCCGUUGGCUUUGCCGACUCUGGGACUGUGGCUGCCCGGAAUGCGAGAGACUUCACUGGGAUCUACGCGGUGGAUGA